AUGGUUGGAUUGAUAUUCCUGUUUGCGUUUUCUGCCUUUAUAUUGAUCUUGAGAUUCACGGAUCGAUAUAAAAAGCAGGUGCCAGGUCGUAUACAAGCUGAGCGAAAGGUGGUGCGAGGGAACACAAGAGAACUGUCGCGCAAAGUACCAAAGCGAUCGGCCAACCCAGGAUCCGAUUGCAACGCAACCGAUGCGAUGACCCAUAUCGCAUCACUUCCUAUCCCGGAACUCCCUGCUGGCACCCAACCACUCUAUCUUGCCGAAGGUGGUGCAAACAUAGUUUACAGGUAUACCAUUCCUGGCGAAAUAUCUCCUGUUGGAGUGAUGAGUCCUGGAGAGCUGCAGCAGAAGUCUAGAAAAUUACUGCGGCUGCGGAAAGAGAUCGAUUCUGGUACCCCUUACGAGGAUACUUUGAAGAAUUUCAAUAGCUGCAUCAGACCCAUGUUUAUGAGCGACGAACUGGUUGACCUGGAACUUGUCAGAUUACCCAAAGGAUUCAUUGCAUCUUGCAACGAGCAGCUCCGUGCGUUCGAAUCUCGCAAUGCACGACCAAAAGGACGCACGGGGGUACACCUAUCUACCACGGAACCAUUUGGGCUUCUGAUCACGGAUAUGACCCCCGCCCCAGGGUCGGGUGACUGCCUAUGGGAGUUCAAACCAAAGUGGCUGCUGCAGUCACCAUCAGCACCGCCUGAUGCAAAGCGAUGCAGAACUUGUGCAUUACGCGAGAUGAAAAACUGUAGGGCACGGAAAGCCGGCAAGCCGGAGAAACUUUCGUUCUGCCCCCUUGAUCUAGUAUCAGAUAACUUCGACGAUGUACUCCGUGCAACAAGGUUCAUGCGGGGCGAUCACGGAUGGGACCGUGUCGCCAGGUGUAUACACCGAAACAACACCUUGUUAAAACUGCAAGCCUGCCAGCGAGACAAGAAUGCCGUGGGCCUCCAUGCUCAACAGGCGCAUUUCCGUGAACGCGCAAUUUCCAUGACUUUGAGGGAUUGCACCAUGUUCAUUAGGGUUCCACAAAACGAAGAUAAACCACUCGAGGUGCGUCUGGGCGACCUUGAUUUUAAGAGCGGAAUUGGCGGCAAACUGGAGUAUUGGCGAGAAACGGAAAUUCGACUCAUUGAAGAAGGGUGGUACAGUGGCAAUCGGAAGGACCAGGGAUUCAGCGAAUGUGCAUUGCAAGGGCCUCGGGGCGACUUGCGCCAGUCCGCAGAAGCUGCGUUUUAA